GGGGGACUACAGCGAGAGACAGAUAGAUAGCAGCAGGUAGGCGGCACAGGAGGGUGAAAGGAGAGACGAGACAAAGGAGAGACAAAUGUCAAGACAGAUGUCAAGACAGAGAGGAAGCGGAGCGACGGAGGAGGGAGGGAGAGGAGCGAGACAGACACGGGGAGAGUGGAAGAGAGAGGAGAGGAGAUUGGGGGGGGAGGAGAGAGGAGAGAGGAGAGAGCCGCAGUGGGACGGGGGUUACAGGGGAGGAGGUACCUGGCCCGCGGAUUUCUGUGGAGGAGGCACUUGCUGGUACCUGCCCCCAGGCGCAAGUUCCCUAGCGGGUGGCUACCAGCCCCCAUCCAAGCCUGCCUUAGGCAAAGCGUGGGAAGACGCCGCCACGAGAAACCGACAGCCACCAAUGCGUUAUCUGCGCACAGAGGCCAGUUCGUUCCCUUACGCCGCAUUUAGGUAUGGUAUGUAAACCCUUUUGUACUGUGCUUAGACUGUCUAGCGCCUAUAAGUGAUAGGCAUCGAAUCGCGUGGCUCCCGCGAAUAACUACUAAGUUUGCCUAGCCUGUAGCUUGAACGGGAAUAGGCAUGGAAGCAGUCCUAUCCAAGGUCAUAUUAUUUCGUCUUCCUCUGUGUCGCUAUGAGUCUAACGGUUGUCUACAGAGUCCAGAUGAGGCAUCAAUCGGUUCAUGACUCUGCUUGUAUGGCUGUCUUGUGCUUUGGGAGUCAAAAUAUCGCCUACUUCCACUAUCAACACCAACCAGAACCUUGCAACCCGCCAGGGAAGGACUCUUUUAGGCUGCAUGGACAUACAUGGCAUUCCAUCCACUUUUGCUCGCCCAUCGCCAUUGUGGUCGGCUGCUCUCAAACCGAGGAGGAUCUUAAGAUCGCUUUCAAAACAACGAAGGGGUCGAACACAUAUCAACUCGCGUGUGCAGCCCCAGAUGAACAGUUUUAAACUAUUCUGGACAGUUUGAACGUGGCCUGUACGAAUGUUCCACAAGCUUUAUUCACGCAGGUUAACCGCAAACACUUGGCGUUUCUAGGGCUACCCGCAGACGACUGCGCUUGGCUGGAGGAGAAUAUUCAAGCCUGGUUUACCUCAUUGGCCGUGAACUUAUCUCGAAUCAUAUCAUCAUUCUUUUGAUAACGAGGUAAUUUACAACUGUUGUGCAAAAAGCUAAGGGUUUACAGCUUAGUUUAAACCUGCGAUUUAUUAAACCAAAGAAUCCCUCACAAAUCCGUCUUUAAUGACAAACGCCUCGUAAGAUAGGCUAUCAAUAAGGCUGGCUUGGCUAACGGGAUGACCAUCAACGGUUGGAUGUGGCGGUUGAUUUACAAAAGCGAAGAAAAUCCUCACUUUUUGUGGCUGCUCCGGUUCUCCAUUUUAUUUAUAUCCUGCUUUUAACAGGUUUCGUGCAGCGCGCAUUGUUGGGUGUGGCAGAGUUUUCAAAAGCUUCAAAUAAUACCUUCGAACGACCUCCACGGGCCACGCUCUAGAGAUUCACUAAAACUUAGCCUCUACGACUAACUUGCUCCAACUUCCAAGCUAGUAAAAGUUUAAUUCCACAAUACUCGUUAUAUAGACACGCACCACUUAUACUAGUCCCUAAUGUAAUUAGUAUAUUAUUAGAUGGGGUUUAGUUAAGUCAUAUCCCACAGACCUCUCAACAAUUCUCAGGGCCUCAGCUAUGUAUCUAUGAAAUUCCCCCGGGUAUACGGAGUAGAGUAUAUGUAUAUAGAUAGAUAUAGAUAUCCCCCCAGGUAUAGAAACC